GGUAAUGGACCAGUAAAAGUUACUGGGAAGAUCAGUGGCUUGGCUGAUGGAGAUCAUGGCUUCCACGUCCAUGAGUUUGGUGACAAUACAAAUGGGUGUACCAGUGCAGGUGCUCACUUCAAUCCUGAAGGCAAGCAGCAUGGUGGACCAAAGGAUGCAGAAAGGCAUGUGGGAGACCUUGGCAAUGUGACCGCUAAGGGAGGCGUGGCAGACGUGGAAAUAGAAGAUUCUGUCAUUUCUCUGAGCGGGCCGCACUGCAUCAUCGGGCGUACCAUGGUGGUCCAUGAAAAGCGCGAUGACCUGGGUAGAGGGGGAGAUAACGAGAGCAAGUUAACUGGGAAUGCUGGUCCUCGUCUGGCGUGUGGUGUGAUCGGGAUAGCGAAGAGCUGA